UUUCUGGGUUGGAGUUUCAGUGCUCAUCUUCACUCUUAAACCCUGUAAACAAAUCAAAACAAACCAUUUUUGAACCCCAACAUUUCUUCUUCUUCUUCUUCUUCACAACCACCAUGCUUUCUCGUCUCCUCCCAAAACCCUCACAUUUCUCUCUCCUAACCCGAAUCUCCUCAAAAUUCCACCCAUGUCCCCACCCCCAAAACCCUACCUUCACCACCUUCGUCCCCAGGUUCUUCUCCGCCGGCGGCGACGGCAACAACGGCCAAUCCCCGUCCGACGUCUGGAACCUUUCCAAGGAAACCGAUGAGAACUUCGACCCUCUGUUCGGCGAAAGCUCCGGUGACGUCUCCGGGAUAGCCGAGGCUGAUUCGUGGACCAAAUCGACGGGCGGCGAUGAGUGGGAGACGGUGCCGGGGUUUAGGCCUUGGAGCUUGGGAGGAGAGGAAGAUAAGGGCGACGAUUUGUUCCAAGUCGGCGAUGGCGUUCAAACUAGGACUAGUGUGGAGAGUGAGCAGGAGGAUGAGGGUAAGAGGAUAGAGGAGGCUAAGAGGCUUGAGAGCGAGGAGAAGGAGCUCACUGCUGUUCUUAAAGGUCCAAAUCGUGCAUUUGGUGACCUUGUCGCUGCGUCUGGAAUCACAGAUGAAAUGCUUGACAGUUUGAUUGCAUUGAAGGAUUUUCGAGGGAUAAAGGGAUUACCUCCACUACAUGAAAUAGAAGACAUUCGUUAUCAGAAAAAUACGAGUAAAUCUUCGAGAGCUGAUAUAGAGCGCCAGAAACAGGAGGAAGUUGCCAAAGCAAGAGUGAGACUAGUGGACGACAAGGGAAGAGCUUAUGGAACUGGAAGAAGGAAAUGCAGUAUAGCCCGUGUCUGGAUUCAACCUGGUGAUGGUAAUUUCGUCAUCAAUGAUAAACAGUUUGAUGUCUAUUUUCCAAUGCUUGAUCAUCGCGCUGCAAUCCUUCGACCGUUCUCUGAGACAAAAACUUUGGGCCUUUGGGACAUCAAUUGCACCGUUCAAGGGGGUGGUCUCUCAGGUCAAGUUGGAGCAAUACGAUUAGGAGUUAGCAGGGCCUUGCAAAAUUGGGAACCAGACUUGCGUCCGACACUCAAAGCUUCUGGUUUCCUGACUAGGGACCCACGUGCUGUGGAAAGGAAAAAACCAGGAAAAGCAAAAGCAAGGAAGAGCUUCCAAUGGGUCAAGCGUUGAUCAGUUGUUGUGAGCUUGAUUUUGUGCACGACCGGUUUUGUUUGGAACUUCAAUUGUGAUUUACCGCAAUAACUUGUUGAAAUUCAGUUAUAUGGCCUCACUUGGCAUUGAUAGAGGUGUAGCUUGUAAUAGACAGCAGUCUUAGAAGAAUUAUGAAAAGUAACAUUGGUCAUGUGAGUUAUUCAAUUUUGAAGCAAAUAUCUCUUGGUUUUU